ACAUUAAAUGUGUUAGACAAGCAAAAAAUUCCUUUAUUGCCAAGUUAGAUAAUUAUUAUGUAUGUACUUAGAGUAUCAAAUAAAUAUUAAAGUAGGGAUUAAAGUGACCUGCAGAUCUUAAUUUUCAUAUAAAAUUUCAGAUAUAAAGGUACAAAAUGGUUGCAGACGACAAGGAAAACAAGAGGCGCGAAAUAAUCUUGGUCACUGGAAUGUUUAUAUUGCUUGCCAUUACCAUUGGUAUCGUUAUUUGGCAAACUGAUAAAAUCAAAUCAACCGGCAAUUUUGAUAAUAUACAUGUACAAGAAAACAGACCACGACAAAUCACAUGGCCUAGAAUAGCAACAGAUAUGUUCGUUUAUGCCGAUAUGACUUUUCAAAUUCGUAAAAACUCAACCCGUGCACUUGAAGGACAUUUCCACAGCGAUUCAAAAGUAGGAGCAGCUGGAUCGGAAGUAUCAGAGUGUAACGGAAGUGACGUUUGUUUAGAAUGGGCUGGAAAAUCAAUGCUUCAAAUAAAACCUUGGAAACAACUGAUACCUGCUCUUGAUACAAAAAUUGAAUGUUAUGAAGUCUUUGAAAAAGCUCUUAGAUGCAGCGACCAAGAGCUGACUCAUUGUUUUAAAGUGUCGUCUGCUCACUGGUAUGGUGGGUAUGCCGAUAAAAUUCAAAAUUGGCCUUUCCAGAAAAAUUCAAGAAAAAUGUCUGCUUACAUGGUGAAUGACUCGUACGUUGGGGAAAUUGGUGGCGUUGUUGAACGAUAUUUCUUUUCGUCGUCUGGUGUCGGUAUUUUCAUUGACCAUGAUGUCCCUCUCUUCUUUAGUCUAAAUGAGCCCGAUGACGGGUUGAUGUGCUUCACGGCUAAAUUCGGACAAUAUCCGUAUUUCAAUAAUGGAUCUUUUUUUCCCUCCCUUAAGUAUAAUAUUUGUCAAGGCAAGAACGCUCUUGAUAUCCAUCGCAAAAUGUCAGCUUUGUUUAUCGACAAACCAAAUGGAAUCCCAGAUCACAAUCUCUUCAAAUAUCCUAUCUGGUCAACGUGGGCACAAUAUCACAAAGAUGUUAAUCAGUCUACCGUGCUUGAAUUCGCUUCUAAUAUUCUGAAGUACAACUUCACUCAUGCGCAGCUUGAAAUUGAUGACGACUGGACUAAAACAUACGGUGAUAUGGAUUUUAACAAAGAAAAGUUUGAAAAUGCAACAGAUAUGGUUAGGACUUUGAACAAAAAAGGAUUCAGAGUAACAGUAUGGAUACAUCCGUUUUUCAACGUUGACUCUACCUCAUUUUAUUAUGCGGGUUCUAAUUUUAUGUUGGUGCGGCAGUUCGAAAGCAUGGUUCCGGCAAUAACGCCUUGGUGGGACGGAAAACUAGCAGCAAUUCUUGACGUUUCAAAUCAGUCAGCAGUUGACUGGUUUCUAAGUAAGCUCCUCUAUCUUAAACAAACGUACAACAUAAGCUCUUUCAAGUUUGAUGCAGGGGAAACCUCUUGGCUACCCCAUGUCUAUAGUAACGCUAAGAUGAGUUUAAAUCCAGCAGAGAUGUACCCUAUUAAGUGGGUAGAGUUAGCCGCUAAGGCUGAUCAAACUUUUCACCAAGAGGUCAGGGUUGGCUAUAAGACCCAGAAACAUCCCAUCUUUGUGCGAAUGAUGGAUAAAAUGUCAAAUUGGGGCCAUGAUAACGCAUUUAAGACUAUAAUUCCGUGUGUUUUUACAUACGGCCUUUUAGGAUACCCGUUUGUUUUGCCAGACAUGAUCGGCGGAAAUGCGUACAAAAAUCGGCCUGAUCCAGAGCUCUAUAUCCGCUGGUUACAACUCAACACUUUUCUACCUAGCAUGCAGUAUUCAAUUGUUCCAUGGAUUUAUAACGAAACAAUUAUAAAGAUAGCACAAAAAUUCACGAAAAUGCACGAGACGUAUUCUGAUGUACUGCUGAAGUAUGCAAACGUUGCAACACAAACCGGAGAACCAAUUAUUCGUCCCCUUUGGUGGAUUGCACCUGAUGAUGACGUUGCCCUCACGAGUGAAGAUGAGUUUCUUGUCGGAGAUGAAUUUCUGGUUGCACCUGUAAUGGAAGCUGGAGCUCGAGCACGUGAUAUUUACUUUCCAGUUGGUCGUUGGCGAGAUCAAUUUAAGGAUAUUAAUAAAACAUUUGAAGGACCUAAGUGGGAGAUUAACGUGUCAAUUGCCUUAGACGAGCUUGCUUUUUAUAGAAAAGUAUAGAAAGAAAAACCCUCAAGGUCCAGAGCACCUGUUUUGUAUGAAAUUGCUUAAAACAUGAACAUGUUAAGCUUGCGAACAUUUUGUUAAUCAACCUGAUAUAAGAAUGUGUAAUCACAAACGGAAUAAAUAUUUUAUACUGUUCUAUGAACGAAUUAUUGCAUAAAUGAAAAGCAAAAUACAUGCUAUGUUUUAACAAGUUUAAAUAAUAACUUGUGUAUAUAUCUAGAGCUUUUGCAAAAAAUAUAUAAUUUUCACUGUGUAACAGAAAGCAAAAACCAUCGAAUAUAUGCCAGUUUAAGGUCGAUUACAAGAAUCGUUUAUUUAAUCCGUGUCUACGUUAUUUCCAAAGGUCUUUUAAUGAGAUGUAUGAUCAACCGGCAUUUUUAAUGAAUCAAUACAUUGCAACAGUUCUAGACAAAGGGUUGCCUAAUUCAAAUUUAAAAAGAAACUGGGAGUCGUAAUUGUCGAUUUUUUAAGGUUCACAGUUUAAAUAAAUUACUUUGAUAUACCAUUUUAUGUACGAACACAUUUUGUUUAAUCAAUGUAUUUAAAUUGAUCAAUUUGCUGAAAAUACAGUACUGCCUGUUUACGAAAAAAACCAGAUGUAGCUGGCCAAAUAAAUAAUUCAUUUGCGUGGGAAUUAAAGUUUAAUCCGAUUUCAUUAUCAACUGAUCGAGAUAUUGUGAUAUGUAGCAAAAUGUGUUUUUAACGUGUGAACAUACGCGUCUUAUGUGCAAUCAUAUUGAUACUGCUUAAGGCGAUAAGAAAAUUAAUGACAUGAUUAUAUUGAAUGAGGUUUUAAUUUGAAUGAUUUAUAGCACGGUGUAAGAUAAACGCCGCUCCCAAGUGUGUGCGUGAUUCCGUUAUAACAAAUAAAUCUACUUCCUUGAAACCGGCAUAGUUGAAACAGUCGCAUGUGUUCCUACUUGAAUUGUUCGUUAACCCCUAACACGCUUAAUAUAAUUACUUCUUACAAAAUCCAAUCAAAACAAACAAAAAACAUUUUCAAUCUGGACAAAACUAUUCAUCUUUUCAGAUAGUCUGAUUGAGUAGCAAACAGUUCAGAAUGUUGUCAAAUGGAAGAUCUUUGGGUUUGUGGCGUGGAUAUGACGUUAUGUAUUUUAUUUCAUUUAUUUGAUGUUUCCUGUCAACUGUAUCGAAGAUAGGAGGGUCACUUCUGCUGGUGUAAUGCAAAUUACACUAUAAAUACUAGUGUUACUUUGAAUGUAUGAAUGUAAAAGUAGAAAUGCCACUCGUCGGUAUGGCUCCAUGUUAAC